ACUUUGCCACUGUUAAUCGAACGGUUGGAAGAAACGAAGCCGUUUUUCGAUUCAACCCAAAGCUUGAUACGGCGUAAUUAAUAGCCGGAUGAUCGGUGAUAUCAAAUUUAACCUGAUAUUACAUUGCAUCAAAGAGUGUACCAGUUACAGUUAUGUCGACAAGUAAAUCGACGGAAUUGACGCCGACGCCGACGCCGACGCCGACGACGACGACGACGACGACGACGACGACGACGACGACGACGACGACGGAGACAACGAUGGGUUUCAAGGACAAACAAAAGGCCUUGGAAACGUUGAAAGCUCUGGACGGCCGGGACAUUAGCUAUCAAUACCACGUAAUCGUGAGUUUCGUGAGUCGCACCAAGAGAACGCUACAAAUCACAAAAGACGAGGAGAAGCUUACCAAUUUGCGGGAGGCUUUAAAAGUAUUCGAGGAUUGGCUGACCGAUUACAAGGAGAAGAAUCGCGGCAAGGAGAACCUCGCUUACUUGCCGAUCGAGACUGUGAAUGCCUUUAGGAUUCUUGCUCGCAAAUACGAUGUCUUGGACGAAGAAUUCUUCGAAGUCUACAAGAAGGAAAAGGGAGACUACAAAAGUUUACGGCUCGUAAAGUUCUCAAACGGGAAAAUCACCUGGGAUAUCGAAAGGAAUCGAAGAUUGAAAGAGAUCAUCGAUAAGAUAAAAGAAACGCACGCACAGUGGUACGAGACGGAUGUUGGGGAUUUCCGGGGAUUGCCGACCAAGGAACACGUACGGUGCGUUAUGUUGGGAUACAGUCCGGAUCCGUCUAAGCUGAAAAAGUUGAUUUCUCGAGUGAAAGAAAAGUUCGGUUCCGAAGCGUGCGAGAAGACAGUGGCCGAUGCCGAUGAGAAGGAGCCCGGCGAGAACAAGCCAGCGAAGAGGAGCCGCGAAAGUUGGACGAGUAGUACGAGUAGCGAGUCCGAAGACGGAGAACCGGAUAAGAAAGUGGCGAAGCGAUCGGUCCGACGAGAAUCGUCGGAAGCUAACGGAGAGAAGAAUCCAAGAGAAGAAUCAAUGGUUUGAUAAAAGCGUUUUAUUAAACGGUUUGCCCACCGAACGGCACACUCGAUCCAUAAUGUGGGUUUUUAUUGUUAAUCACGAUAUCGGAAAACUGAAUCGACUGCUACCUACGUUCGCGGACAAGUUGAAAUGUUAGAAAAAGUUAUUCGACUCGAUCGAUGCUUGUACGGGGGGUAAUGAAAGUUCGGUACUAUGUACAAAAGAAUAUUGAUUAAAUAUCGAUUCAAAAGAACGUUAUCGAUCAUGAUCAUGAUAACGAUAACGAAAACGAAAACGAAAACGAA